CUAGUACAACUAUUUUUGUUUAUUUGUUAUCAAAUUCUCGAACGAUUACAAGAUUAAGGUUUAGGUCUUCACCGCCGUCACCUCUUCCGUCAUUAUGGCUGCCGCUGUCCCAAAACUCUUGCCGAUGGAAGAUACCCUCAUAACAAGAAAAGACAUGUGGAAACGCAGACUUGAAUUUGUCAUCAAGAUGACCUCCGGAGUUGUCUACUCGAUAAUGAUGCAUUCUGUGAUCAUCACCGCAUAUGCGUUGCUGAUUUUUCGAAUUUUCUAUAUAAAUGGGUUUGAUCUCGACCAGCUUAACGAUGUGAGUGCCCCCAUCAUGUUCUCUUACCUUCCGUGUGGCGUACUGGAAGUAGCUGCAAUAUUACUGAAUAUUACCUUCAGUAAUAUUCAAGGAAAUCGAUCGUGAAGUCAAGAACUCCAUCACUGCAAGAAGACUCAAGAAGCGUUUCAGAACGCUUAUGAGACAUUGGUUGCACUGAUUCUAUAUUUUCAAAAGCUAUCUCUUUGCUUUCUUGUUUUAUUUUUUUGCCAAGAAACCAACUCAAGGUUGAACUCCAUGUAAAACCAAACAUUUCAUUUAUAUGAUAUUUGCCAUUUAGCAAAA